ACAAUGAAUGGCAAUAUAAGAAACGGAGGCUUUUAGAAACAGAUAUAUAGUACACGCACAUAAUUGAGACGGUCUCUCUUUAAUGACAUGCUACUGGUUCAUCCGUGUGCUGGGCAUUCAGCUGAACUGCAGUAGGGAAGAUGGUAAUCUUCGAUUCUCGGGAUGGAGUUGAGGAGAUAAAUAGUGAGGCUAAGUAUAUUGCUGCUGAUUAAAGUGCGUUCCACAACUGUUCUCUGAAAUAACCCCGGUUCAUCGACUCCUUAGGAUUGGUCUAAUUGAGUCGGUUUUAGGUUGAAGAUUUCAUGUUUGUCGAAGAAUAUGUUCUGUUGUUAACAACCAACCAAAUGUGUUUUAAUCUUGCAUUCUGAGGUCACGUACUUAAAUGAGAUUAAUGGAGCGCAAAUUGCACCAUAAAUGAAACGCUUUCGUGUUUCUUUUAGCCACCGACUUCACACGAAUUCAACGACUUCAGUUUGUCAUGUUAAUUAUGUAUUGAGGUAAUAGCCUUUGCAGACCUCUCCCCCAAAAUACCUCACGUAUUAGGCAUAUUCAACUUAAUGCUUCAGUCCAAAGCUGUCUGACAUAAAACAAUUAAUGCUGUGUUAUAUGAAGCUCACCUGAAGAACUGAGGUAGCAUAGGUUUGGUCUGACUCUUAAAUAAGUGCAGUUUUAAUUUGGUGGAAAUGCGUAGGCACGAUUCGGGUAGAUACAGUGAAAACUGCAGGGGAUGACACUACAAUAAAUAUAAUAUAACAAUUCGUGGAUGAAACUUCUUGUUUCAAGCAAUGGGCUUAAUCUACAACAAUGGAAAAAAGGGCAGAUUGUGUUUAUAAUUUUAUUCAGAGAGUUGACUAGGAAAAUUAGAAUAUGAAAAACUGUGCUUAAACCAACAUUUGAAAGUAAGUGAAUGUAAUGGAUUAGUGAUACUGUUAGACGCCGCUUUUAUAUGUUAAGUAUUCUUACAAUUCAACUACUACUACUCUCUGGAACCUAUUUAGAAGCUUGAGCAAGUUUCGAAGACUUUAUUCACAUUGAAAUUCCACUAUAUUUGGCAGAAUAUCGGGGGUUAGUUUUCAAGAAACCCAGAAAUAGAAAUUUGGCUAAUUUAUUAAUCUUCGUCAUACAUGGAUAAUAAUGAACAACAUUGUUCGUGAAGUCCUCAUCCGAUAUAUUUGACAUAACAAGGUAACAAAUUCGAUGUUUCUUCAAUUAAAAGAAGCGAUCAACAUUACUGCGAUGCAUCCAUAAUGAAUUCUGAUUUCUUUUCACAAAUAUGAGAUCGUGACUGAGUACUAAGCGCUUCUGCAGAAAAGGCUAAAAUAGUUUAUUUUGCAUACGGUUGAAUAGGGUUCUUGGUGGUCUAAUAGAGUAGCUGAAUGAUCCAUCCAUGGGAACUCCGGACAGAACAGAUUUUGAGUGCCCCAUGGUUGACGUACAAGUUAAUCUGGCGUUGUUCAGAUUAUCUUAGUUGCAUGUAAUCAUAAUAUGGCUAGAAUACGGUUGAGUGCAGCUUUAAAUAACUGUUUAUUAUUCACUCAUCAGUAGUUCCUGUGAUUAUUCAUGAUAACUAUCAUUUGUAUCAGGCAGUUGUAAGUUUACGGUAACUUAAGAGAGCUAAGGCAGGUUUAGAUUAAGAUCGCCUUAGAACCGUACCGAGGUUUACAAUCCAGGGACAAUCACGAUGAACACAAAUGAUAAGGUAAAAACUCACUUGGAUACUCGUGCUGUAAAACCUUCUGAAGAAUUUACAAAGGAUGAGGAAAUACUAAAUUCAGGAAUUUGCACGAACAUUGUUGACGAAUCCUAGUUCAGUUGAUAUAUCUGAGAGUGAGACCGUUUGAAAAAUCAAUAAACUGCCAUCGUACUAAUUGAGCAUUGAUCUGUAUUCACAGUGAGUGACAAGUCUCCAUAUAAAGCAAUGACACUGAAUGAAGACAACUAGUUUUGGAUUAGAAUAUACGCAAACAGCCGCGACGGCACUUUCUACUAGCUGAUCUGUUUCAUUGCGACAUUUGUCGGAUAGACAUACUGCUUUUCAAAGUUAUAAGCUGACCAACCAAAAAAAGGACGACUUUACGCAAUUAUUAUUUAUGAUGAGAUAUACAGUAAGUAUUGUCUUGAUGAUGCUUUCCACUGACCAUGUGGUGUCCGGGGACUUUAAGGGUUUUGAGGUUGUGGGGUCGUGUCUGGAUCCCUACAGUUUCAAUGGUGGACCAUUGAGGACAGCUGUGGGUCACACGGCAACAUCCUGUGCCAUCCUAUGCAGUGGGGAGACGCGAUGUCAUUCCUUCACCUUCAGGAAAUCCUCUUCGACCUGUUUCCUCCAUCAUGCUUACAUCCCUUACUGGCCCUGUGACAAACCCGGCGACAUCCACUACAAUGACGUUUACAACCCCUGUCUUCACGGUGGAGAUUACAAUCCUGGUACAAGCACCUGCAAAUGUUUCGGUGGUUACAAGGGCGAUAUCUGUGGGCAAGUGAUUGAAGACUGUUCCGAUGGAAUGGCUUAUUACUACGGUCAGAAAGGUGAAUUCAUUAUCCAACCUAAUCUAUCUCCCCAACCAUUUAUUGUCUACUGUGAAAUGGACUUUGGUGGACGAACCGCAAUCCUGAAACAGAAAACUGGUAAUGAAAACUUCAACAGACCAUGGGAUGACUACAAGAAAGGAUUUGGAAACGUUUCAGGAGAUCACUGGCUGGGCAAUGACUACAUCCACUACAUCAGCUACAGCAGAAAACACUCACUCUUGGUACAGGUUGAGACAGGAAGCAGCUAUCAUCAGUAUUUCAUGCAGGACUUUGGAGUGGAUGAUGAAUCAAGUAAUUAUAACCUGACGUUUGGGUCUCACUUCACCAGUGACAAGUAUCAUGAAUCCCUCGGAGACUGCCUAGGACCGUUGUACGGUUCAUCAUUCAGCACCCUGGAUCGUGACAAUGACAACAGUGCUCGGAACUGCGCUCAGGACUUUCAGUCAGGCUGGUGGUUCAAAGACUGCUCCACCUGCAAUCCCACAGGCGUGUAUGAGGCAUCACCCGUUGGUGGACAAGCUGGAGCAGCUGACAGUAACCUCCACUGGACCCCUGGGGAGGGACUGGGAAACCGGUCCCCGAGGGAAAUGGCGUUGUAUCUGGUCUACAACGACCCAAGUACUUGGGGAUAAGCUGCAAGUUGUGACAAACGUUUUAGUUUAACGAUGACAGGUCAAAAUUACAAGAACCUCGGGUUUUAACGUAUCAGUCUACAAUGGAUGUAUUGUGCAUUAAAUCCAACAAACCAAACCAAAUGUAGGUAGAACAAUUAACUAUAUGUAACUGGUCUACAACGACCCACUUACGUGGGUGAUAAGACUGACCUUGGCCAUGCAAACGGCGAGCCAGUGAGCAUUUAAGGCAGCAACGAUUGGAUAAAUACCUUACAUACUAAUCAGAUGACGGUUACCUCUCUGUUUUCCACAGCUUUCCUUAAAAUGGCAGUGAUCGUGCGCUUUGUACACUAACGAUAGCAAGAGGAGAAUCUUACAUCUGCGUCUACUCCUGCCUGUUCUGCUAUCGACUCGUCCUUGUAGUGACUAUCGUUUGUCCUUAUGUUACGUGUGAGAUAGAAACCCUCCACCGCCUGACUAUCCAAGAAUAUUUCAUGCUUCUUCAGACAAUAAGGUAUUUGCACAUACACUAUGAGCUCACGUACACUUUAAACAUUUGCUUUAUCAUGUUGUAAUAUACAGUGUUUGUUUAGAAGUGGUAUUUAUCAUUCCUCUUUCUUCCUCUCUUGCCUUGACUUGGUAUGUUUGUAGUUUAACGCCACACAGCAAUAUUCCACCUAUAUGGCUGUUCUAUCUUGCCUUGCAUUUGUAUAGUUCAAUAGUUCAAUAAAAAUACGCU